AUGGAGCAUCCCGAGGGGCUGAAGUGGAAGCGCUUCGAUGCCGCACUCGAACACAGCAAAACGGUCCUCUCCGUCCUCGGUGCGAUUUCGGAUGGUCUCGUCAUGUGCGAACCUCUCAAAGGCGCCGUCGGAUUGGCCAAAGAGGUCGUCGCGAUGAUCGAGAAAGUCCGCAAGAAUCAGAAAGCGUGUACGGAGCUGGCCCGCCGGAUAGGCGCGCUGAUCUUCGUCAUCUUGAAUGAGCUCGGUGGAAAGAAGGAAGAAGAGGUACCUGACCACCUCAGGUCAUACCUCGGUAAUCUGGCUCGAACGUUGACGGACAUCAAGCAGGGGCUGAUACCACUGAAGCUUCACAAGGAAUUCUCGUUCGCUUCGUUUGGGUCGGCACUGCUAAGACGAGAAUCCGUGGCGGAGCAGCUGUCGGGCUAUAACAGUCAGAUCGACCAUGCUGCUCAGGAGUUUAUGAUCGCUACCCUCACCAAUCUAACCCUCGGCAUGAACAAGUUGCAUAUAGCUCAGACCUCAACAUCCGCUAUUCCAAGAAUUCAGAUCUCGUCUGUCGUCCCUACACCCCCGAUCUACUUUUAUGGACGAGAUGAUGUCGUAGAAGAUGCGGUUGGAAAGCUAAGCGACAAGGAACGGCCUCACAUCGCUCUUCUGGGUACCGGUGGCAUCGGCAAGACGUCAGUCGCGCUGGCUCUCCUCGACCACCAGGCCAUCAAGUCGCGCAAUCGCUGCUGCUUUGUGCCAUGUGACUCCCUUCUCACAGCGUCAGAAUUGGUCCAGGCCAUCGUGCAAGUUCUUGGUGGUAGCUCGUCAUCUGGCGGGGAUCCUAUGGAGAAAUUGGCUUCUCUUUUGAACGUCGGGUCGGUGGUACUUGCGCUGGACAACUUCGAGAGUCCAUGGGAUUCGGGUGGUACACAGACAGAGCUCACCGAGGUUCUCCGCAUGUUGGCUGCUUCACCGAACGUCCGGUUAAUUGUGACGAUGAGGGGAAAUUCCCCGCCCGCUAAAGGAGACGUUCGAUGGUCACCCAUCUCUCUGAACCCCCUAUCCCCCGAUGACGCGAUGAAGCUCUUCUGUUCUGUCAAUCGAGAAAUCACAGAGAACGAGAAGCCAGAUCUCGAUUUACUCCUGGACAAGUGCGGCGGUCUGCCGCUGGCCAUCAAGCUGCUUGCCAGCGUCAAGGGUGAUCUCCCCUGCUCCAGCCUCUUGCACCGAUGGGAACGACAGUCCACCGACAUUCUCAAGGCCGAGCACGACUCUCCUACCCGCCUGACGAGCGUCGACGUGUCGAUAUCAUUGUCCCUCGAUUCGAAACGGAUGAAAGGCGUUCCGGAGGCGAUUGCGCUGCUCGGCGUGAUUUGCUGUUUACCUGACGGGGUUCAAGGGGGGAUCGAUCAACUGAUCAAGAUGAACUUGGGCCUGAAGGACGUAGACACUGCCCUCGCGACUGUCCUUGCCGCCUCUUUAGCUUUCAGGGCCUCCAAUGGGUCCGUCAAGGUGCUUUCGCCGAUCCGGCAAUACAUGUUGAAGCAUCACCCCCCUUCCGCUUCACUCUAUGACCAGCUCCUUCAACACUACAUCCGGCUCGCGGACAAGUAUGGGGAUCUUGGCCCCAAUGAUAUCGGUUUCACCGAGGCAUGCGCUGUGUUGCUCCCAGAAGUAGGCAACAUCACCUAUAUAUUCAAGCAGGAGCUACUACGGGCGCAAGCAGGUACACGGGGAGUUGCUCGCGCAGCCUUCAAAUUCACGAACUUUCAAUUAUGGACACGCCCUUCGACUGAUCUCAUCGACGACCUGCUCAGUCGAUGGCCAGACUGUGGGCUGAACGUCGGGCGUCGAGAAGGCCUGGUAAGGAGGGCAAGAUUGCGGCAGCGCACGAAUGACUAUUCGGCGGCCAAGGCGGAUCUGGAGUACGCACUGGCGGAGUCGACCGCAGUUGCGGAUCAGAAUAUGGUAGCACGGUGCUUUCAAACCCUAGGCGACGUACAUCGCAUGCAGGGCGAGUACCCGCAGGCGAUAGAGAAGCUCACCCGUGCCCACGACGUGUCCUCCGAGAUCGGAGACCGACAGAGUGUGGCGUUUUGUCUGUCCAGCUUGGGCGAGAUCCAUCGCAUGCAGAACGAGUACCCGCAGGCGAUAGAGAAGCUCACCCGGGCCCACGACGUGUCCUCCGAGAUCGGAGACCGACAGGGCCUGGCGCAUUGCCUAUCCAGCUGGGGCGAAAUCCAUCGCAUGCAGAACGAGUACCCACAGGCGAUAGAGAAGCUCACCCUGGCCCACGAGAUGUCCUCCGAAAUCGGAGACCGACAAGGCGUGGCGUUUUGUCUGUCCAGCUUGGGUCACAUCCAUAGCAUGCAGGGCGAGUACCCGCAGGCGAUAGAGAAGCUCACCCUGGCCCACGACCUGUACUUCGAGAUUGAAGACCGGAUUGGUGCUGCAGGGGCUUUGCAGAGUUUAGGCGAGAUUGAUCGUAUCCAGGAGCAAUACGAUCAAUCCGCAGAGAAGCUAGGGCGUGCCCUUGCCCUUGCUUCCAGCAUUGGACAUCGCUAUGAGAUCGCUUGGUGUCAUGUUUACAUGGGCUUACUCGACCGCGACCGGCGUCGUUACGCCGAGGCCGUUGGGCAUAUCACGACCGCUUGGUCAUUGCUCACGCAGAUUGGACGAGAAGGCAACGCGGAGUACUGCUCAGAUCUCCUUCGUGAGAUCCUCGAGCUCAUGGCUGAAUGA